CUGCCUCACACCAAUGGCGCAGUCUGAGACGCGUCAGCGUAGGUUUUUGUGGUAGGCUAUGUGUUAGACGGGACCCCGACGGUAUGACGGGCCGCGCGUGUUGUUGCUGGAUGUAUUUGAAGGAGAGGAUGGGUCGUGUGUGGGUUUGUUUCGAAACCUUUCUAGUAUUUGUUUCGACGACGCUUGAAAUUGCCACAGCCGCUUGUAUCAUUAUUCCCGAUUCUUGACAUAUAUAUAGAGAGAGAGAGAGAAAGUAUCGGCACGAAAGAGCAAGGAAAUAACACCAUCAUGAAGUUCAGCCUAGCAGCCAUUACGGCACUCGCCACACAAAUCUUCGCACAAAGCAUCACUCCAGCCCCGACACCAACCAACAAUGGUCCGUGGUUCGAUGGAAACCCUCCUCCCUGGGCUACAUCAGAUGCAGCACGCUGGUCCUCCAUCUACGCCUCCCUCGUCUCCGACGGCCGAAUCCCGUCAACACUAACCGCCGCCCCUUGGCCAACCUCGGGCUGGGGUCCAGGCGGCGGUCCCUGGGGUCCAGGAAACAGCGGAAAACCCGGCGGACACUGGAGCGGCCCCCCUUUCGGCCCAUCCAACUUCGGCCCCUGGUCCUCCUGGUCCGCGCUCAGCAACUGGCAAUCCGCGCCUUGGACCGCAUGGUGGGGCGGCUCCGCGUGUCCACCGACGGAUUGGCCUGGCUGGACGGCAGGGCCGUGGAAGACGAAUGCGCCCUGGACGACGUGGAGUGCGUGUGAGGCCAAGACGACGGCGACGAGUGUGGUUACUACCACGGUCAAUGGAAGUGCGGUUGUGAGUACGCAGUUUGGGCUGCAGGUGGCGGCGGCUAGUGCGGAGAGUACGGGGGGAGGGGCGAGGGUUACGAUGGGGUUGGGUAGCGCGGUUGGAGUGGUGGUGCUGGGGGUUGCUGUUGGGCUGUGAGACAUUGGAGAGAGGAGAUGUGAGAGCAUGGAUGGGUAGGAGAACAGAUGGGGUUUAGAGGCCAUUUGGUCUUGGGCUGAUUUAGCGUCAUAUGUAUCCUCAUUCCUUUCUAUACCAUGAUGUUUUGGUUGCGCAGUGUAAUCAUGAUACAAACGAAGCCAGACGAUGAAUAUUAGAUUUUGUUGCUGUCA